AUGUCUCUUCAUAUAUCUACAUUUGGAAUACGACUUAAAAAUAUCUAUAAAGUUGCAGUAUUUAUUGAACUUUCAGGAGAACAUGUACAAGUAAAGAAAGCUAUAUAUCCAAAAGAUAGAACUGUAUUUGAUUUUAUGAUCCCUGAAGUGGAAUACAUGGAAAAACUAUUGAAUUUACUUAAUAUCAAUGGUUUUGAAGUUUUAUAUCCAGGACCCAUACAUCCAAAUAUUUUUACUUUAAGACAUAAAUCAGCUUCUCAUUGUACACUAUGUCAAGAAACACCUUCAGAACAAUUCAGAAUUUCAGAUCCAAAUGAUCAUUUUGUAUGGGGAGAUCUACUAGAUAUGUGUACAUCUAAACAAAGAUAUACUUGUACUGAAGUUUAUGAAGCAAUCCAGGCAACAAUCGCUUGUGUCCAAAUGAAAAUGAAAACAUGGAUUCUUAAACAUAUUGAUUCAAUAUCUUGCCUUUCUAUACCUCAAAUUAAAGCUAUUAUAAAUCAUUUUUCAGAUCACUCUCAUGCAGAGGUAAUUGGUGCUUGGAAAUGUGAUGUAAGCAAGACAGAAAUAAGCAAAAGACUUGGGAUACCAUUGAGAACAAUAUAUAAUAUUAUAGAAAAAUACAAUAAAGAAGGAACUGUUGAAAACGAUAAGAGAAGUGGGAGACCCAAGUCACUUUCAGAUAGAGAUAAAUGUGCUUUAGUGAAAGUUGUCUGA